AUGGGUCCAACCAUUGAUAGGCCGGACCAUGAAGAGACAUGGGCGAAACGACUGCGUACGACCAAGUCUAGAAGCGUCAGGGUUGCCCAAGGCCAUCACAAGGCGGAUAGACUCCCGUCUCCGAAACCGACAAACCCCAGCAGCACUGACAACGCCCACUUCUCCUCGUCGUCAGCCGACUACAAGCCGAAGCAACAGCCCAGCCCGCUCGAGUCCCUCCGAGAGCGCCUCAAGACGCCUAAGAAACCCGAGCCCCGCCCAGCUACUGAGAGCAGCAAGCGACCUGCGAACGGAAAGCCCAGCUCCAAGCCGUCCGUGGCCCCCUUUUUUCGACGCAUCGAGGCCGCCUUCCAGGAGAAAGCAACGGCUGCCGCCCCAAACACCACACACACCAUCGCCUCAGCCAGCAAGCGUCCAGCCCGCACCCCCUCUCCAGACGCAGAAGACCUAAUCCAGCAACUCAAAGAACACUACCUCCGGAGCGCAACAACGCUGCACAGCCGCGCGACCGCGCACCUGGCGCAGGUGCACGCCUCGCUCGGCGCCCGACUCGUACGGCAGCUCGCCCAGCCCGACGAGGCGUUCCUGCGGCAGACGGACGCGCACCUCCGCGCGCUGGCCCAGCCGCUCGGCUCGUUCCGCAUUCGCUCGCGGCACCGGCGCCAGCGGCAGCGGCGGCAGCAGCGACGGCAGCAGCUGCAGCAGGACGGCGCGGUGGUGCGUGGCGAGGAGGAGGAGAUGGAAGAGGAGGAGGAAGAGGAAAACAGCGUGGGCGAGCUAGUUGCGCGCGCCGAAGCGCAGGUGCGCGCGUUUGAGCGGGAUGCGGCGGCUUUGUGGAGGGAGUGGGCUGGUGCGCAGCGGGAGGUGGAGGGGUUGUUGAGGGAGGUGGUUGCUUUGGGUGGUGGUGGCGGUGGCGGUGGUGAUGAGGCAAGCGACGGGCAGCAGAGGGACGGGGAUGGGGAGGGGGAGGAGUUGCUCAAGAGGUUUGGGGAGGUGGUACAGAGAGAGAUUGAGGCGGCGGAGGCGGAGGUGGUCGAGCUUGGGGAGGAGGCGGUUGCGACGAUGAAGGGGAUUGAGAAGGACUUCAGAAAGGCUACGCUGCCUGAUUUGCACAUUUUCUUUCAGUCUAUUGACGAGCCGUGA